CCCUUUUUUCCAUUCAUUCUUUAAUUUAGACCUCUGGUCUACUCCUUCAUUUAGCUAAGAAUCUAUAUAUAGUGAGUUCUCUAGCCUCUACGUAGCACCCCCUACACUACUCUCUCAUUUCACAUUUUGGUAUAAAAUGAGGACGAUGAUAGAUUUGGGAAGGGAAAGAGGACCUAUAGGAGUGCAUAUAAUUACAUCAGCCACCGCCGUUGACUGCAGCAGCAGGGAGGUUGGACUACGGCGAUCUUUAAGAUCCCUGCUUGACUGCAUAGUCCCCGCUUGUUGUGCUGCUGGUUUUGAACCUCAUUCUGAGUCUGCCAACUUUUCUCCAGAUGCUACUUCUUCUUCUUCGCCUUUCUCAAGCGAUACUGAUUCGCCAUCAUCAUCGUCAUCGUCAUUAACCGUUACUCGCUCAUUGUCAUCAUCCUCGACCAUUGUUAAAGGUACAUUCUUUGGGCAGAGAAAUGGGCGCGUUAGCUUUUGUAUCCAGGACGACAACCACCACCACCACCGGCGGACCCCGUCAAGGAGAAUGUCGACAACUGCCACCGCCACCACCAUGUCAUCAUUCUCACAACCUCUUCUCCUUUUGGAAUUCGCUAUUCCCACGUCUUAUUUAGCAAAAGAGAUGCAGCAUGGUCUCCUCCGCAUUGCUCUGGUGGAGGAAGAAAAUAGUCACCGCCAACAACCGCCAAUAAUAUUUGACGUGCCGGUCUGGUCUAUGUACUGUAAUGGUCGGAAAGUUGGUUAUGCCACCAGACGUAAGAUGACAGCUGCCGAUAUGGCUAUUCUUACACGUAUGCAAUCUGUGUCGGCAGGAGCAGGGGUUUUGCCACCGGAAAACGACCAUGGGAGUGACGGGUUCAUGUACCUCCGAGCCAGCUUUCGAAGAAUCAUUGGAUCACCAAACUCAGAGUCGUUUCACAUGAAAAACCCUGAACAUGAUGAUCGUUCAUUCUCUAAUAGCCAAAGUGGUGGACAAGAGCUCAGUAUUUUUCUUCUCAGAUCAUCUUCUUGACCAAAAUAUAUUUUCUACAUCGAGUGAGUGUUUAUGUUAUAUGUAUAUGUGUGUAUGUGUGUGUAUACAUAUGCAUCGAGUUAGAUUAUCUGCUUAUGGCGCCGUUAAGCUAUUCUGUAAAGAUUUUCCUAUGUUAAGCAUUUUCUACUCCU